UUUUACAACCAAUUAUCAACAGAAGUAUCCUCACAAACCUGGAUGAAUCUGACCAAAGUCACCCUGACUCAAGUGAUUCUGUUCAACAGACGCCGAUCCGGGGAAGUAUCAAAAAUGUCCCUUUCCGCAUAUCUGUCUUCGAUUCCGAAUAGUGAUCAGGAUGAUUUGAAAGAAGCUCUAUCUGACCUUGAAAAAAAACUGUGCAAACAUUUUAGAAGAUUAGAAAUAAGAGGGAAAAGGGGCAGAAAGGUACCAGUCCUACUGACUCCAGAAAUGCAGCAGUCAUUGGAUAUGCUUGUCAGCAAACGACAGGAAUGUGGUGUACCUACAGAAAACAUCUACUUAUUUGCAAGACCAUUCGCAAUGAGUUGCUAUCGUGGCUCUGAUUGCCUUCGGCAUUUUGCUAGCACCUGUGGAGCCAAAAGACCAGACACAUUGACAUCAACAAAGCUGCGCAAGCAAACAGCAACUCUGUCUCAGAUUUUGAACCUGAGCAAUACAGAGUUGGAUCAGCUAGCAAAUUUCCUUGGUCACGAUAUAAGAGUUCAUCGCCAGUUUUACAGGCUUCCAGAAGGCACCCUUCAGCUUGCUAAAAUCAGUAAAGUACUCAUGGCACUGGAGCAGGGACGUCUUGUUGACUUUAAAGGAAAAAGCCUGGAUGACAUAACCAUUGACCCUGAAGAGAAUGUGAAGUUGGACAGUGAGGAAGAGGCAGAGUUUGAGUCAGAUCCUAAGGAGGAUCAAGUCACAUCCAUCGGGGAACAUAGAACAGAAAUGGAGGACAGAAAUGCCGAAAUACAGGACAAUAGGACACCUUCACAAACCAGCAAAAGUAGUUCACCUAAAAAGGGUAAAAGUCGCCAGCCAUCUAAGAGGAGAACUUGGGAGAAAGCAGAGAUCCUUGCAGUUGAAAAGCACUUGAUGCCAUUCAUCAACACAUGUCGUGUUCCAGGGAAGACUGAUUGUGAGAUGUGUCUAAAACAGGAACCUGUUGCACUCAGACACCGAAAUUGGCUAGCUAUUAAGUUUUAUGUCAAGAAUCGCAUAACAGCCCUCAAAAACAAAGUUUAGAAGGUUUUAAUUUCAAACUUCUUUUAAGUGCUUUAGUUGCUUAGUCAUGUCAUAGACAUUUCAGUUUGUCUUUGUCUUCCUUUAAAGUACAGGCAAUAGGACAUUUUUUCGUUCUUACAUUGCUUCACAAUAACUUAAAAAAACUGAGGGUACUGAGGGUGAUUUCAAGACUGUUUAUCCCUGUUAGUUUAUUGGUAAAUGGGCAAAUAUACCAACCUGAUGCUGCAUAUGAAACGUAAAGGAACGUUUGCGGAACGGUGGAAUGAACAAUGUAAAUAUGUGUGCAAUUGGCAACAACUCUAGUUUACAUUUGAACCACA